AUGGCUCUGGGUAAGCUGGUUGUGUGGGGGCCACAGCCAUGGCCUGGGGUAAGCGGCUGUGGGGGAGCACAGCCAUGGUUCUGGGAAGUGGGUAUAAGCGGGCUGUGGGAGGGGAUACAGCCAUGGCUUUGGGUAUAAGCGGGCUGUGGGGUGAUACAGCCAUGGUUCUGGGCAUAAGUGGGCUGUGGGGGGGAUACAGCCAUGGCUCUGGGUACAAGUGGAAGGGAGGGAUACAGCCAUUGGCUCUGGGGUAUAAGCAGACUGUGGGGAGGGGGAAGAGAUACAGCCAUGGUCCUGUAUAAGCUGACCGUGGGGGGGGGAGUACAGCCAUAGUUCUGGGUAUUAGUGGGCUGUGGGGGGUGGAUACAGCAAUGGUUCUCUGGUGGUUAUCAUGGUGCUGGGGAUGCAUCUUACCAGUAUUUGUUUUAUUGCCCUUGUUGCUUUUAGGAAUUCUCUGCUUCUUGAAGACUGGGACACGGGAUGGACCCAACAAAGGGAAGAGUUUCUACGUGUGUGGGGCGAAUCGUGGCGCACCCUGUAUCUUCACCCAGCAAGCAGAGUACGUCAUACAGAAACUGACUGGCUGCAGUUCCUCUCACAUCCAGUGCAUGACAGGCUGGUUGCAGUUCCUCUCACAUCCAAUGCAUGACAGGCUGGCGGCAGUCCCUCUCACAUCCAAUGCAUGACAGGCUGGCGGCAGUCCCUCUCACAUCCAAUGCAUGACAGGCUGGCGGCAGUCCCUCUCACAUCCCAUGCAUGACAGGCUGGCUGCAGUCCCUCUCACAUCCAAUGUAUGACAGGCUGGCUGCAGUCCCUCUCACAUCCAAUGUAUGACAGGCUGGCUGCAGUCACUCUCACAUCCAAUGCAUGACAGGCUGGCUGCAGUUCCUCUCACAUCCAAUGCAUGACAGGCUGGCUGCAGUCCCUCUCACAUCCAAUGCAUGACAGGCUGGCGGCAGUCCCUCUCACAUCCAAUGCAUGACAGGCUGGCUGCAGUCCCUCUCACAUCCAAUGCAUGACAGGCUGGCGGCAGUCCCUCUCACAUCCAAUGCAUGACAGGCUGGCGGCAGUCCCUCUCACAUCCAAUGCAUGACAGGCUGGCUGCAGUCCCUCUCACAUCCAAUGCAUGACAGGCUGGCUGCAGUCCCUCUCACAUCCAGUGCAUGACAGGCUGGCUGCAGUCCCUCUCACAUCCAGUGCAUGACAGGCUGGCUGCAGUCCCUCUCUCAUCCAAUGCAUGACAGGCUGGCUGCAGUCCCUCUCACAUCCAAUGCAUGACAGGCUGGCUGCAGUCCCUCUCACAUCCAAUGCAUGACAGGCUGGCUGCAGUCCCUCUCACAUCCAAUGCAUGACAGGCUGGCUGCAGUCCCUCUCACAUCCAAUGCAUGACAGGCUGGCGGCAGUCCCUCUCACAUCCAAUGCAUGACAGGCUGGCGGCAGUCCCUCUCACAUCCAAUGCAUGACAGGCUGGCUGCAGUCCCUCUCACAUCCAAUGCAUGACAGGCUGGCUGCAGUCCCUCUCACAUCCAAUGCAUGACAGGCUGGCUGCAGUCCCUCUCACAUCCAAUGCAUGACAGGCUGGCUGCAGUCCCUCUCACAUCCAAUGCAUGACAGUCCCUCACAUCAAUGCAUGACAGGCUGGCUGCAGUCCCUCUCACCAUGCAUGACAGGCUGGCUGCAGUCCCCUCUCAUCCAAUGCAUGACAGGCUGGCUGCAGUCCCUCUCACAUCCAAUGCAUGACAGGCUGGCUGCAGUCCCUCUCACAUCCAAUGCAUGACAGGCUGGCUGCAGUCCCUCUCACAUCCAAUGCAUGACAGGCUGGCUGCAGUCCCUCUCACAUCCAAUGCAUGACAGGCUGGCUGCAGUCCCUCUCACAUCCAGUGCAUGACAGGCUGGCUGCAGUUCCUCUCACAUCCAAUGCAUGACAGGCUGGCUGCAGUCCCUCUCACAUCCAGUGCAUGACAGGCUGGCUGCAGUCCCAUUCACAUCCAAUGCAUUGUAUAAAAGCACACUGACACAGUAACUGUACUGAAUGGAACACUGAAUUACAACAUCCAGCCAAAAAAGUUGAUUUUUAAAAUUCUCCAACUCUACUAUAACUACAGUUUUGACAUUUGUGAUUCAGUUUUCAUUUAAAGGGACACUAUAAUCACCAUAACAACUACUGAAAAGGUGUGUGUACGAAUUCAAGAAAGCAUGAGUGUGUAUUUGAAUGCAGGUUUUUUGUAUUUUUUGUAUGACCUAUGUGUUUGAAUGCUAGUGUGAACAUGUGCAUACAGAGCUCUUUUCUGCAGUGUCAAUGUACUUUUAGGUGUCCCUUGUUGUCGGUUUGCAUCUGUAUUCCAGAGAUCUAUUGAUGGGGUCUUCAGGGUAUUUUACAGUGUUAACAUAUUCCAGAAAUCCAUCAUUUGUGGAUCUAUUCAUACAUUUCAGCUGACAGCAUAUACAUUCACUGAGUGUUCUGUAUACAGAGCAAUGCUGGGACAGCGUUCUGAAAAUAUAGCAGAAACAUUACCCAGAGUUACUGUGUUCUCUAUACAGUAUCCCUGCGUCUCACUGCAUGGCCAGUAUAAUAACCCAGAGUAACGCUGUCUGUUAUAACAUUACUGUGUGUUCUCUAUACAGUAUCCCUGCGUCUCACUGCACGGCCAGUAUAAUAACCCAGAGUAACGCUGUCUGUUAUAACAUUACUGUGUGUUCUCUAUACAGUAUCCCUCCGUCUCACUGCAUGGCCAGUAUAAUAACCCAGAGUAACGCUGUCUGUUAUAACAUUACUGUGUGUUCUCUAUACAGUAUGCCUGCGUCUCACUGCACGGCCAGUAUAAUAACCCAGAGUAAGGCUGUCUGUUAUAACAUUACUGUGUGUUCUCUAUACAGUAUGCCUGCGUCUCACUGCACGGCCAGUAUAAUAACCCAGAGUAACGCUGUCUGUUAUAACAUUACUGUGUGUUCUCUAUACAGUAUCCCUCCGUCUCACUGCAUGGCCAGUAUAAUAACCCAGAGUAACGCUGUCUGUUAUAACAUUACUGUGUGUUCUCUAUACAGUAUCCCUGCGUCUCACUGCACGGCCAGUAUAAUAACCCAGAGUAACGCUGUCUGUUAUAACAUUACUGUGUGUUCUCUAUACAGUAUCCCUCCGUCUCACUGCAUGGCCAGUAUAAUAACCCAGAGUAACGCUGUCUGUUAUAACAUUACUGUGUGUUCUCUAUACAGUAUGCCUGCGUCUCACUGCACGGCCAGUAUAAUAACCCAGAGUAAGGCUGUCUGUUAUAACAUUACUGUGUGUUCUCUAUACAGUAUGCCUGCGUCUCACUGCACGGCCAGUAUAAUAACCCAGAGUAACGCUGUCUGUUAUAACAUUACUGUGUGUUCUCUAUACAGUAUCCCUGCGUCUCACUGCACGGCCAGUAUAAUAACCCAGAGUAACGCUGUCUGUUAUAACAUUACUGUGUGUUCUCUAUACAGUAUCCCUCCGUCUCACUGCAUGGCCAGUAUAAUAACCCAGAGUAACGCUGUCUGUUAUAACAUUACUGUGUGUUCUCUAUACAGUAUCCCUGCGUCUCACUGCACGGCCAGUAUAAUAACCCAGAGUAACGCUGUCUGUUAUAACAUUACUGUGUGUUCUCUAUACAGUAUCCCUGCGUCUCACUGCAGGCCAGUAUAAUAACCCAGAGUAACGCUGUCUGUUAUAACAUUACUGUGUGUUCUCUAUACAGUAUCCCUCCGUCUCACUGCACGGCCAGUAUAAUAACCCAGAGUAACGCUGUCUGUUAUAACAUUACUCUGUGUUCUCUAUACAGUAUUCCUGCAUCUCACUGCCUCCUGCACGAGGAUUUUGUGGUGGAUCUCCAAGCUUUGAUCAGACAAGACUCUGACAGUCACAGGUAAGAUUUGCUGAUAGAGUCUGCCAUCCUGUGCAUAAGUAGGGGAGGUGGGAACACAAUGCAUGUCACUCCCUGCAAGUGAGGAGGAGAAUAUAAACUUUAUUUUUCAUUCCGGUUCUCCUCUAACCCUAAUUACUGAAUGGCAGUAAAGCAAACAUGUUUAACAAUGAUAUCCGGAGAGAGCCAAGAUGGUUUCACACAGUUCCUGUAUUUUCACAAUUAGUUUUAUUUUAGUCUCAGAAAAACCUAGGUGUUAAUAUAAAAGGAUAAAUUAACGUACUAAUAAAAAUCCAGAGAAUGAGCAUCCCGUAUUAAUGAUUUGUGUAUCGUGUUUAUUUUAUCCGGCAUGUGACGGUCCACUUUGGGGUAAUUACCAAAGUGUCACGAGACCCCAUUAAUGCAGAGGUUUUCUUUUCCAGACUUUAUUACCGCUGUGUGAAGGGCAAGGCGGAGGGCAAAAAGUGGUGCGGAAAUGUCCCUUGGCAGGUGAGUAGACAUGGAAGACAUUGUUAAACUGUUCUCUGUAAUGUCUGUUGUCUGUAAGCUAGUGUCUGUAAUAUCUCCUGUCUGUGCGCUCUGUGCACUCUGUGCUGUCUACAAACUGUGUAAAAUAAUAUCUCCUAAUUCCUAGCUGUUGUGUUACAGCGCCGUUUUCUUUAUGUUGGAUUCUGCUUGGAUAUUCCAUUUUGUUUGUAUGAGCGACCAAUGUUUCUUGGAAUUCUGAAACAAAUAAUUAUUAUUACUAUUUAUACACGUGGCAGAAAUGCCUCUGCCACGUGUUCUUGGAGGGGCCUGCUUGCCAGCCUCCUGCCAAAAGACUAUGGGCCCUUUAAUAACCUAUGUGAUUUAUGUACUUUUGUACUCCAGAGAGAGAGACCAACCGUUAGCCCUGGUUCCCUGGAACUGUUUUGGGCAUAGGACCACGUGCACGGUCGGUCAAAAAUAAGACUUCCAGGAAAUUCUUGAACCCCUGAACCGAUCUGGGUGAUUUUUGGAUAUGUUGGUCCCCCAGAUCGGAGCUAUAAGGGGAUGUGGGGUUUCCAUGUAUUUUGGGGUAUUGUAAAAUGUAUGUUUUCUGUGCCUGGAGAUAAUUGAGUUUAGUACAGUUCCUGACUCAAUUAUCUCUCAGGCACAGGGGAGGGAUUAUCUUAUUUUGUGUGGGAGUGUCCUGGAGCCAAUGUAAUCACGUGUAUGUUUUUGAUGUAGUCCCCUCUCAGGUCUUGUGGGGAAAGCCCCUGGAAUAUGUAACCGUAAACCCCUUGCAUGGGGACCUGCAUAUAAGGCCAGUUGUGGUUGUCAUUAAACAAGCUCUACUUCACCCUCAACACAGAGCCUCGUCUCAUGCUUUUAGGGAACAUCUAUAUCACUAGCUCUUGUAAGCUAUAGUGCUUUACUCUCUGGAGGAGGAGAGGUCUACCCACUGGAAGCUUGAUCCCUGACUUGGGUCCAGGGUGGGUAGAGGACAGCGAGACCCCAACCAAGCUGCGGCUGCUAAGGGUCUACAGUCUACAGUGCUGAUGGUGUCCGGUGCGGUGCUUAUGGUACUCAAGGCUUACUAGGAAGCAUCAACUGGCGGAGGCACCCAGUCAGGGUGCCAGGGCGUCCGUCACAACACAUUUGCAUGAUAAUAUAUCAAAAUGACACUGUUUGUAAUUGUUGAAUAUGCUUAACCCCUUAAGGACCGAUGACGGUUCAGGACAGUCAUUGGAAACAUCCCCUUGAGGACUGGUGACGGUCCUGAACCGUCAUAACAGUAUUUGGGUACUUACCUGAUCGGCGUCGUUCCUCUGGCGGCGAUCAGUGUUUCUCCCGGUCUGGGGGGACUGCCUGUCUGCCCAGAUAGUCUCCCCGCGUCAAAUUACGACUCCACGGCCACGUGAUCGAUCUAACAGGUACCUGUGUAUCUACCUGCAGGGGGACUGUCUGUGCUUAAUAAAUGUGUGUGUGUGUGUGUGUGUAUAUAAUAGAUAUAUAUUUGUGCUCGGAAUUUAUCUAAUGCGUAAUGAAAUCUAGAAGGGAAAGCAAAAGUUGGUUGAGGUGUGCCGAAACCAACGUAUGAGUAGGCCUGUAAAAAGAGGGCCCACAAAGGUGAGUGUUAAUAUAGAUGGGUGUAGGUGGGUGGGGACAAACAGCUUGCAAGACAACGGUAAGUAGGGGGGUAGGGUUUAUAUAGGAUCAUUACUCCUCCCACAAAUUCAGGCCAAAUGGCCUUCCAACUUGUGCUUGGAAUUUAUCGAAUACGUAAUGAAAUAUAGAAGGGAAAGCAAAAGUUGGUUGAGGUGUGCCGAAACCAACGUACGAGUAGGCCUGUAAAAAGAGGGCAAAAGAGGAUUCAAAGAUGACCACACUUUAUUGCAAGUUAAUACAGCAUGAGUAACGAAAGCUUGUAAGAUGCUUCACUCUGAUUGAGGUAUGUAAGUACCUGAGCUGAUGCUUCUUGAUGACCCCAUUGUUUGUGAUGUAGACUGGGGUGUAAGUGUUUGAAUCUGCUGCUGUAGUGCCUUUGGAGACGUAACCGCUGAAAGACAGCAUAGAAGGUUUUAAGUAAGAAGCUUGGUUGUGAGUUUAGAGAAAAAGGCAAACAUUUUACCAUGAUUAUAACAGCGAGGUUCUCAAAUUUAAGCCAGCUUCUGAAUGUGUCGUCUCAUGGUGCAAUACAGUAAGCCCUGGCGAAUGUGAAGGGAAAGUCGUGACCCUGCGUGAAGCGUGCGUACCUGUGUGAGGUACCAUUGUGUGCUUAGUCCCAGAUUAGCUCAUGGAAAGGUGGUAUCCUAGAUGGAAAGUGGUAGGCCAUGGGGAGUGCCUGGAAGAAGGUAUCAAAUUGGGAGCGUGACAGAGCGUCAGCUGCUGUGUUGUGGACACCAGGAAUGUGGAUACAGACUAGGAAGAACUGAGAGGUAGCUGCCAACCACGUCAGCCUGCGAAUCAGCCUCAUAAUUGUUAGGGAGGAGGACCGACCUUUGUUAAUGAUGUCACAGGCUGCGGAGUUGUUGGAAAAGCAUCUAACUGCCUUGCCGGUCCAAAGGUGACCCCACGUGUGGGCGGCCGCUACGAUGGGGUAGAUCUCAAAUAAAUAAAGUAGAUGUUUCUUUGAAGGCCGGCAAGGCAUCCGUCUCAGGGGGCCAGUCGUCCCUAAACCAGUGAUUGUCGCAGAUGGCUGCGAACCCUGUGUGUGCCGCUGCGUCUAUGUGAAUCGAAGGUGAGUGCUCUGAAAGUGGGGGAAUGAACAAAGAGAUCUGUAACGGACCGUUUCUCUCAAAAGGGGAUAAAUCAGUUUAGGCGAUAAUCCCCUUUCCCAUAGACCAGCAGCUACUACAAUCACCAACCUCCCGAACUCCAAACUGUACGAAUCCCCAACUCACGAACAAGAAAUACACGAACUCUGGAAGCAGCCGAACAGGAAAAGCAAUACGAACGGCUUACAUUCCUGGCAGUCAGCACACAAUCCAAUUCCCCCAAUAACGAGACGACACUUCAUUUUGAGGGUUAAGCAGAAUCUGCCGAUUUAUUCACACAACUUCCUUUUAAGACAUUCUCCCAUGCAAGGGAGGGAUCCACAACAAUUAGUACCCCAGCCAAUAAUGUACCAGUUGCCUCCCACACAUCUCCUCCCCUUAGUGUGACACAUAAUCCCAUUAGUACAGACACAAAUUCCCUGGGAUACUGGAUGUACCCCUAAACAUAGGAAUACCCCUUUAAAUGUUACAUCCCCUGGUAACCCUGAUCUGGGUGAGACACAUAUCCAAAAAUCACCCAGAUCGGACCAGGGGUUCAGGAAUUAUAGAGGGUUAAAGUUUUGACCGACUGCAUGGCAAAAGUAUCCGAAAAUAGUUCCAUGUACUUUGGCCCUGCAGUCGGUCACAGAAAAGGGAAUGAAUCACACAAAUUGCCUGGGUUAGAGAGCUUGGGGAGGAUUCGUAUGAAUCCCACUGUUCGUGGGAUCCUUUCUACCGAACGGCGGGCCGUUCGGUAGUUUCUGCACGAAUUGCUGGAAGUCUGGAGGUCUCAGCGGUGUUUGCUUAGUCGAGUGUCCGAUUUUAGUUCCAGACACUCGACGGCAAAACACCGCUGUUCGGGAGUUUAAGAUGGCCGCCGCCACGUGUUCGUUUCCCGAAUGGCGGCCACCCAGAGGACAAAACACCCAUUACACAUAUUGCCAAUUACCCGUUUGCAACAUUGUUGCAAACGGUAAUUGGAGGCACACUUACGCCAGGGUGGUCUGGUUGUUCGGUAGUUUCACCCAAUAUAAUGAAUGGAGUAAUUCUACCGAACAAUCAGACGAAUGCUGCAUACACAUAACACUGUUUACCGAACACAUAAUAUUAAAUGCAGCCUGAAUGCAAUUUGCUACACAAUCUUAAAGGGCAUUAUUCCUAACAGUCAGAAUAUGUCCACGGAUGGCCCUUAAAGGGCCAGUAGCAGCAAUAUAAAAAUGUCACAUGCCCAAAGAUUGCAUACAAAAGUACGAAUUCACAAGGGGGCCAUAGUCAGAUGGCAGGAGGCUGGCAACCAGGCUUCUCCAGUGCAUAGUGGCGAGGUUGGUUUCGCCACAAGAUCCAAUUCCAAUCAGCCAGAAAACUACUCCACAUGAGUAAAUCCGCCCUAGCCGGACCGUCCAACACGAUUGGGCAUGAGUCGGACACACCGUGGAGCAAGAGGAGAAGCCUGGAGACAAAAGAUCUACCCUGUGGAAUGAUGCGCAUAGAGAAGCCUGGAGACAAAAGAUCUACCCUGUGGAAUGAUGCGCAUAGCAUCGGGGUUAAGGGACCCCAAUAAGGACUGGAGGCUCCUCCUAGUGCACGCAACACUCCGCAGGAACAGGACAAUCUCGUUCUUAAUGUGGGACAGCUUGUCUGGUGGUAAACUGGAUUGGAAGGUAGUGGUGUUGAGUACUAUGCCCAAGAAAACAAGCUUGAUGGAGGGACCGAGUGUUUUGCUAGGUGACAAGGGGACCCGGAGUGUAUGGAGUGAGGGGGUUGUGAACCUGGUUCUAUCAAUAGAAAAUCGUCUAGGUAGUGGAUGACAGAGGGGCACCUGAGUGUAUUUAGGAGGAGAAGCCAGCAGAGGGUUUCUGCGUAGAUAUCGAAUAACCUCCUAGAGCCAAAAGUGAGCCGGGUGGCGAUAAAAUACCUGUUUCUCCAUUUAACACAAUGUAAGUGCCAUAGUGAGGGGUGAAUAGGUAGUAGUUUGAAGGCGUUUGUUAUAUCUGUUUUGCUCAACCAAACUCCACGACCAGCUAAUAAGAUGGCCUCCAUGGUGUGAUGAGAGCAAUCUUGCCACAUUGCAUUGGAGAAGCCUGGUUGCUCGCCUGAUGCCUUUGGGUUAUGGCCCCAUGUUAAAAGACUUUGUUUCCCCUGCAGAAAAGACUUAUUCGUGCUUUUCUGCCCGGUGUUUGGUAGAUUCAAUCUACCGAACAACCGCACGAAUGCCUAGACCACCUGGGAGCUGGAUUAAACUGUAUUUGUGUGGUCUGAGGAAACGAAAAUUGGUAAAACCUUUUUACCUGAUACCAUGAAACUGGAACCUGGAAAUCACUUCUUGAAGUAGAUGAACCCAAAACAAAUGUUUUCUAAGAAGGAUGACCCGGAAAUAGUCUAUAUAAGGAACAGUUUAGUCAUAUGUAUUACUGGUCUGAAAUGAGCCUAGGAAACGGAGGGGGGGGGGGGCUUGAGUGACCCAGUGAUAUAAAAAAGGGGGAAAACGGCCAACUGUUCCUUUAAGAGGGUAACCCUUGUGUGGAAACCGCAGAGUGCUGGGAAUUAGUUCAUAAUUAAAUGUAACGGUGGGUCGGGAAAUGGUGCCACAGGACUAUGAUAUAUACAGGGGGAAAAACAGAGUAUAAACUUUAAAUAUAAAAUGGAAAUAGUCAUGUAUAGUUUCAUACUGGGGUAUAUACAUAACAUAUAGGGAAUACCUGUUUAUCCCUCCCGUGUUUGGCUAAGCGAACAAGAGAAGGAUUUAACAUAUAAAUCAACAGCAGUCUGUAUGAGUAAAUGAAAACGGCUGCAUUAAAGCCGUUCGUAAGCGUGUUCGGCUGUAUGAACGUGUGAAACAGCCGAACGUAGGGUAAGUAUGAGCGAUCAGUAUUAAUUUUUAAACGAAUGAAAUAAAGGUGAGUAUGAACUUCUGCGUUCGGCUAUUAGACGCGCGAACGCAGAAGUAAACGAACGGUGUAAGGAACGAAAUGGAAAGUAAUAAUAGGGAGCCUAUCCCUGUGUUUUUAGGCCCGAACGUGGGAAACACGUUCCCACUUUUGUGUUUACGUGUAGGUGCCGGUCUCAUGACCGGAAGCCGGAAACGAGUAACGAAGGUGAAGGAACCCGGAGGUCGGUGACAGGAGCUGUAACGAGGGAUUGGAUACUCGAGGCAGGAUUUGGCGGCAACCUCGACCGGAAGUGCAGGUAACUAAGGACAAAUGGCUUGCAAGACAAAGGUAAGUAGGGGGUUAGGGUUUAUAUAGGAUCAUUACUCCUCCCACAAAUUCAGGCCAAAUGGCCUUCCAAUAUAUAUAUAUAUAUGUAUAUUUCGUAUUAUUUUUAUUUAUACAUAAUGUCCAUAUACAUAAUUACAUAAAAUAAUUUCAUAAAUAUACACGUAGACUUCAAAUAUAUAAAUAUGUAUAUUUAAAUUCUAUGUGCAUAUUUAUGUAAUAUGUUUACCUAAUUAAGUAAUUUUAUUGAUUGCAAUUUGUGGGACAUGCCUGACAACCCAGGCCAAAAGUCCAGAUAAUUUAAUUUGCUAGCACUAUAUUUAACCCUGUAACUUUCCAAGACACCCUAAAACCUGGACAUGGGGGUAACUGUUUUACUCGGGAGAUUUCACUGAACACAAAUAUUAGUGUUUUUCAAAACAGUAAAACCUAUCACAGUGAUGAUAUUGUCAGUGAAAGUGACUUUUUUUGCAUUUUUUCACAACCAAACGGCACUUUCACUGAUGAUAUUAUUGCUGUGAUACGUUUUACUGUUCUGAAACACUAAUAUUUGUGUUUAGCGAAACCUCCUUAGUAUAACAGUACCCCAUAUGUGGAGGUUUUAUAGGUUUGUGAGUUACAGGGUCAAAUAUAAGGCUUGAUUUUACUUCUUUUUUUUUUUUUUAUUGAAAUUUGUCAGAUUGGUUACGUUACCUUUGAGACCGUACAGUAGCCCAGGAAUGAGAAUUACCCCCAUAAUGGCAUACCAUUUGCAAAAGCAGACAGUCUUUAGUAGACAGUCACAAACACUGGCCAAAGUUAGCGUUUUUUGCAUUUUUUUAACACACAAACAAAUAUAAGUGCUAACUUUGGCCAGUGUUUGUGACUAAGUGGCUACUAAAAAAACUGGACAUACCCCAUAUUGAAUACCCUGGGUUGUCUACUUUAAAAAAAAAAAAAAAUUUGGUGUGAUUUGGGGAUUUAUGACCAAUAACAGUGUUACAAUGUCACUAUUGAUAAAUGUAAAAAAUAUAUAUAUUUGUUAUUAUAGCCUUAUAGCAUUUUUUUUCAUUAGCUUUUGUAGAUAAAUAAAAGAUUUUUCAAGUAAAAGUCAAAAAACAUGUUUUCUUUUUCAAUUUUUCACCAUUUUUUUUUUUUUUUAAAGUAAAAUAUAUGACAUGAUACAAAUAAUGGUAUGUAAAGAAGGCCCUUCUUGUCCUGAAAAAAAAUAAUAUAUAAUUUGUAUGGAAACCGUAAAUGAGAGAGAGGAAAAUUACAGCUAAACACAAACACCACAAAAAUGUUAAAACCGUUCUGGGCUUAACGUACAACAUGGCCAAAACAGUCUGGUCCUUAAGGGGUUAAUAAUGUAUAAUGGAAGUUGCAGUCUUUAAAGUACAUAUUUUACCUGAACAUUUUAGCCUUGGUUAAACCUUAUUGGGAUUACCGUAUAUAGGGUUAACCGGUUUAAGAAGUGUGUAUGAAGCCGUAUCUCAUUCCUAUAGUUCUUAAUUUAUUACCUUUUUUUUUUUUUUUUUUUAUAGAGUUCAAACAACAAACACAACUUCUGUAAUCCGUUAUCUCAGCCUCCUGGGAGAAAGACAGAGAAAAAUGACAGAAACCCUUUCAGAGUGCUAAAUGAGGACCCCAAACAUACCCUGUGGAAGCAAAUCAGUGGGGAGAGAAAGCAGAAUGGGGAGAACAAAUACAGCGAGGAGGAAAAGCACAGGCAUAAGGAACGAGCGCAGAGCGGCGAGGAGGAAAGGUAUAAGGAACAAGCACAGAGCUGUGAGGAGGAAAGGCAUAAGGAACGAGCACAGAGCGGCGAGGAGGAAAGGCAUAAGGAACGAGCACAGAGCUGUGAGGAGGAAAGGCAUAAGGAACGAGCACAGAGCGGCGAGGAGGAAAGGCAUAAGGAACGAGCGCAGAGCGGCGAGGAGGAAAGGCAUAAGGAACGAGCACAGAGCUGUGAGGAGGAAAGGCAUAAGGAACGAGCACAGAGCUGUGAGGAGGAAAGGCAUAAGGAACGAGCACAGAGCUGUGAGGAGGAAAGGCAUAAGGAACGAGCGCAGAGCGGCAAGGAGGAAAGGCAUAAGGAAGAAGCACAGAGCUGUGAGGAGGAAAGGCAUAAGGAACGAGCACAGAGCAGCAAGGAGGAAAAGCAUUGGCAUAAAGAACAAGCGCAGAGCUGUGAGGAGGGAAUGCAUAGGCAUAAGGAACGAGCGCAGAGCGGCGAGAAGGAUAGGCAUAAGAAACGAGCGCAGAGUGGUGAGGAGGAAAGGCAUAGGCAUAAAGAACGAGUGCAGAGCUGUGAGGAGGAUAGGCAUAAGGAAGGAGCGGAGAGUGGCAAGGAUAGGCAUAAAAAACGAGUGCAGAGUGGCGAGGAUAGGCAUAAGGAACGAGUGCAGAGUGGCGAGGAUAGGCAUAAGGAACGAGCGCAGAGUGGCGAGGAUAGGCAUAAGGAACGAGCGCAGAGUGGCGAGGAUAGGCAUAAGGAACGAGCGCAGAGUGGGGAGGAUAGGCAUAAGGAACGAGCGCAGAGUGGGGAGGAUAGGCAUAAGGAACGAGCGCAGAGUGGGGAGGAUAGGCAUAAGGAACGAGCGCAGAGUGGUGAAGAGGAAAAGAAUAAGAAACAUAUGCUGAGUGAUGAGGAGAGGAAGGAUAAGGAUGGAAUGCAGAGCAGCGAGAAAGGAAAAACUAAAAGUAAGGAAUGGAGGCAGUGUAUUGCUGAACGAGAGAACCCCAGAAAUAAGGAAUUGAGGCAAUCUAUUGAGGAACACAAACUGAUGACAACCACAGUAAACCCAGCAAUAGACAAACUGCUAAACCCUAAAAAAACUCUAAUCUGUGAUGAGAGACUUGGCAACACCGUGGGGAAAACUCAGACAUUGGAGGAGAGGUCUUCAUUCCAGGGCUGGAGGGGCAAGGAGAUACCACUUGGGAUUACAAUCAAGACGAAAGGGCAGGAGAGCAUGGAACGGGUAGACAUGAGACUUCCACGGACAGACGGUCACAAAGACACAGCUGAAAGACACAGUGAGUCGGACGCUGGGCUUGAUGACCACAUCCCGCAGAGUAAUGACAAGGAAGGGACGUCAUUGCUAUACAGCAGAGCUAAGGAUAGUCCGGGAGACAGACUGUGUGAAGGUCACACAAAGAACACCACAAAUAGCUACCGAGACGUGAAGGAAAAUGGUGGUGGCCAGCAAGAAGACACGGCUACAGAUGAUGACGAUGUUUUAUUUGUUUCCUCUCAACCUGGAAAGGAGAAGCUCUCCUCCCAAAAUACCUCGGGAGGAGGCAAGCAACGGACCAUCACCUCCUUCCCAGGCUUCAGAGCACAGCCCCAAACACAAAAUUCGGCUGCACUGCACUCCCAGCUUACAGCCCAGCUCCAGCAGAAGAAGGUAUCUGUUCUGUAUAUCAAACGUGUGUGUAUCCCAAAUAUUAUAUAUUCUCUAUAUACCUCAAAUAUUCUAUAUUCUAUAUAUACACCCCAAAUAUAUAUUCUAUAUACCCCAAAUAUUAUUUGUGUUCGGGGCAUUCUCAUAUGA